AGCUGAGCAUGGGAUAGAGCGACGGGGGAGAGAGAGAGUCCAACUAGAAGUAGGACUCCAGAGAUUGAAGAACAAGCAGUACCACUUGUAGUAGAAUUAGUAGUAAUAAACAAACCCUACCUCAAAACCCCCCCAAUGAUCUCUCUGUGUCUCAACUAACCCUAAAAAAAUAUGUUGUGGCUCUCAUUGUUUCUCCCAAACCCCUUCAAAUACGACGAUCAAAACCCCUCAUUGCCACCGCCAUACCCCUCAACUCCGCCCUCCUCCGCCGUCAAGGACGACAUCUCCGUCCUCACCCACCAACUCUGCGGCGCUCCCCUUCCGCCACAGCAUUCCAUGACCGCCUUGGCCUCCGAUGAUGAGACGACGUCGUAUUCGCAAGCAAUUCUUGGAAUUAAGAACGAUUUAGUGGAGAUUGGGGAUAAUUUGAAGACGGGUAUUUCGCUAUUGGCAUCGAAUAAGGUUGUGUCUGGGAUUUCUCUGUUCGCUUCCAGGCUUUUACCAUUCCAAAACGACGGCGAUGAGGCUGAAAGAGAUGAGGGAGACGUCACAGUAGGAAUUACGGAGGAAGUUUUGGACUUUGUGGGGGAAAUUUCGCUGCAGCACGAGUGUUGGACCGAUUUUCCUUUGUCACUACCCAAUGAUUAUAAUAUGUCCGACAUUCAGAGAGAUCACGCUGCAACUAUUGAGCGAUUGGUGCCUAGUCUUGCAGCUUUGAGGCAUCAAGUUUGCAAUUACUUGAGUGACAAAGUUUUUUGGAUGAUCUACUUUAUUUUGUUGCAAUCUAGGUUGAAUGAGAAUGAUUCCAAAUUUCUAUCAACUCCACAGAUUGUUGAAGCAAGGGAGGCACUUCUGCAGAAGCUGCUAAACAAGAGGAGUGUAGCAAUUAAAACUCCUGAGAACUCCGAGACUGUUAAUACAUUUCAGGACAGUGAUAUAAUUAAUAGCACACCAGGAGACAACAGCUCAUCUCAGCAGAAAAGCGUUUUAGCUGAGGAUAUCGAUGCAUUGCUGGAGACACAUAUUGAUGACCAUGGGAAUACUGAGCAGUGGUUAGAAGAUGAGGAUGCUGAUUCAUGUUCAUCUGUAGAUGCUUGGAAACAGCCUGAAAAUGAGGAGGAUUUCUCAUUCAGCCAUCUGGAAGAUGAUGAUGGUGAUCUCCCAGGUAGACUCUCAGGUUUCAGACCUGCCCAAAGCAAAGAGGUUUCUUCACCUAGUGAAUCCAGUGAAUGGGUUCGACUCUGGAAAAAAUCAGGAACACAAGGUGGUUGGCAAAAGGCUUGCAAAUCAACCACCCGAGAAGAAAAUUCGGAAGGCGAGGAGUCAAAUGAUUGGCUCACGGUGGAUAAUGUAGAUUGGGACGGUUAGGCUACAAUUUGAAUCAUCCAGCAUCUGUAAAGCCACUGCUUUGUUCUUUUUUUCUUUCUGAAUAUUUCGGUUUUGUGAAGAUUCAAAACCUUACGAAAUAAGCUUAAUUAUUUUUCAAUCGAGAUGAAUUUGCAUUAUAAAUUACAUAAUGCCACUAUGAA